CCUUGAUAUUUUCUUGCUCUUGAGAGGAGAUGGACUACGACUCCCAGAGGGCCGAGCGACAGCAGCGCGUCCUUCCCUCCCGCCGCGGCUGGGCGGCUAGUUCAAGUUGCCAUAGCUGCGAGUGUGCGGAGUGCCGAGUCGGUUGCGCCGCUGCGUUUGGUCAGUUGCACCUUCUGGGUCUGCGGUAGCCGCGGGAGCCAGGUGGGGCCUCGGCGAUGAUCCGGCUUUAAGGACCUGGCGUCGUCUUCUGUGUCAGGUGGUUUGGGGAAGGUGUAGGGGCAACCAAAGAUCAUCUACUUGACUAGACUUCUUGCCCUGAAUCUCAUGAAGAAAUGAAAAGAGGCAGGUACAUGUUCCUAAGAAAAGCGCUGAGCUCAGGGGAGAGCAACACGGAGUUUUGGGGGUGUGCUUUGAUUUGUGUACAUCAAUGGCAGAAUCAUCCAGUGAUUCAGAGCACUUCCGCUCUUGUAACCGAUUGAGUCGAUGGGCUGCCAGGUCAGGUCACAGGGAAACUCGGAGUCACCCUACAAUAGACGUCACAGAGAAGGUCAACACUAUCGCAAGUACUUUACAGGACACCAGUCGGAACCUGCAGCACGUGGACCAGAUGCUUGGGCGAUACCGAGAGUACAGUAAUGAACAGGCGGGUGCCAUAAAGCAUUUAAAAGAAAACUUGGAACAAUCAAUAGGCCAACUGCGGAGUCAACGUUUACUGAGAAACUCAGGAAGGAGAAGUAUGUCUGUUACAAGUCUGACUGCAAGUGACUUUGAUGCUGGAGCUAUGGCAGAAGGUUACCGUUUUCCUCCAGCCUCACCUUUCAAGGACUAUGAUCCACAGGGAAAUAAAAGAAUUAAGUCCAGAAUUGGUGUCCGGUUUGGGCGGGAGACUGACGACAUGACCCAGCUUCAUGCUUUUCAUCAGUCCCUCCGAGACCUCAGCAGUGAGCAAGUUCGCCUCGGUGAGGAUUUCAACAGAGAGCUCUCCAGAAGGAGCCGGUCGGAUGCUGAAACAAAAAGGACUUUGGAAGAACUGACUGAAAAACUUAAUGAAGCCCAGAAACAAGAAGUGGUUUCAGAUCGGGUGGAGCGGAGGCUACAGGAAAUAGAGAGAGAGAUGCGCACAGAAAGACAGCUGGUGGAAAGACGCCAGGACCAACUGGGACUGAUGUCCUUACAGCUCCAGGAGGCAUUGAAGAAACAAGAAGCUAAAACAGAAGAGAAUGAGGGAAUAAUGAAAAAUAAACUAAGACAAACUGAAACUGAGAAGAGUCAACUGAAACAGGAAUUGGAGCUAUCUCGCAGGCUGUUGAAUGAGUCAGAAGACAGCAGAGAAGUACUUUUGCAUCAGGUAGAAGAAUUGCGUACACAACUUACAAAAGCAGAAGGUGAUCGGAAGAUUUUACAACAUCAAGUACCCCAGAUUGCCAAGGAGCAGUCAAUCUAUCAGGGUGAAGAAGGAGAUGACUGGAGAUUUAGGAGAGGGGUAGAGCGGGAAAAACAGGAUCUGGAGAAGCAGACGUCAGAUUUGAGAGUGCAGAUGAACUACAGCGCAAUGGCAUCAGAGUUAGAGGAGGUGAAGCGGUGCAUGGAGCGAAAAGACAAGGAGAAAGCAAAUUUGGCAGCACAAAUAGAGACUUUAAUGUGUGAACUGGAGGACAGGGAAAAACAACAACUGCAGAUGUUGGAUAAACUCAAAAAAAUUCAAAAUCACUUUGACACAUGUGAGUCCGACCGCAAGCACGCUGACCUCCAGAUCUCAGAGCUGACUCACCAUGCCGAGGAUGCUACCAAGCAGGCCGAGCAGUACCUCAGCGAGCUGCAGCAGUCAGAGGCUCUGAGAGAGGAGGCAGAAAAGCGGAGAGAAGACCUGAAAACGAAAGCUCAAGAGUGCAUUAGGCAGUGGAAGCUUAAGUAUAAGAAAUUAGAGCGAGCACUGGAGAAACAAUCUGAAACUCUUAAUCAGCUGACGGAAAAGAAUAAUCAGAUUCUAAAAGAAAAGGAUGAUUUGAAAAGUCAGCUUUAUACAGCACUGCAACAGAUAGAGAAUCUUAGAAAAGAAUUGAGUGAUGUCUUAACCAAACGUGCCCUUCAAGAGGAACAGCUUCACUCUAAGGAGAAGAAACUGAAUAAUAUUAAGUCUCAUCAAGCUGACCUUGAACAAGAAGCCAAGAAUUCUGCAGAUACCAUUCAUAGACUAGAGGGAGAAUUGAAAAAGCAGAAUGAAGUUCAAAGCCAGAUGAAAUGUGAGAAAGCUCACCUGGAGGAAGAAAUUGCAGAACUAAGGAAGAGCCAGAUUCAGGACAAAGCUAAACUUCUUGAGAUGCAAGAGUCCAUCAAAGACCUAAGUGCCAUUCGAGCAGAUCUUGCUAAUAAAUUGGCCGAAGAAGAGAAAGCCAAAAAAAUGGUGCUUAAGGACCUUUCCGACCUCACAGCCCAGGCAAAAUCCAAGGAUGAAGAAACAGCUACUGUCAUCACACAGCUGAAGCUGGAGCGAGAUGUUCACCAGAGGGAGCUGGAAGAUCUCACAUCGUCACUGCAGAGUGUGAAAAUGAAACAUGAACAGAAUAUUCAGGAGUUGAUGAAGUACUUUAAGAAAGAAAAGAGUGAAGCAGAGCAUCAUAUUAGGACCCUGAAGGCAGAGAGCUUAGAAGAUAAGAAUAUAGCUAAAGUCCACCGUUGUCAGCUGGAGAAGUUGAAAUCACAAUGUGAGAGGCUGACAGAGGAGUUAACCCAGAAUGAAAAUGAGAACAAAAAAAUGAAGCUGAAAUAUCAAUGUUUAAAAGACAAACUAGAAGAAAAGGAAAAACAUAUAAGCAAUGAAGAAGAGCACUUAAGGAGGAUGGAAGAAGCGAGACUGCAGCUUAAGGAUCAACUUCUCUGUCUGGAGACUGAACAAGAAUCCAUUCUUGGAGUGAUAGGGAAGGAAAUUGAUGCAGCUUGUAAAACUUUCUCCAGGGAUUCAAUAGAGAAGUUGAAAGUUUUAUCCUCUGGUCCUGAUAUACAUUAUGACCCACAUCGCUGGUUAGCAGAAAGUAAGACUAAACUUCAGUGGCUCUGUGAGGAACUAAAAGAAAGAGAAAACAGAGAGAAGAAUCUGCGACAUCAGCUGAUGCUCUGCAGACAGCAACUCAGGGAUCUGACUGAGAACAAGGAAUCUGAACUCCAGUGUCUCUUUGAGCAGAUAGAAAGGCAGGAGCAACUUCUGGAAGAAAUACAUCAGGAGAAGAGAGAUCUGCUGGAAGAGACCCAAAGAAAAGAUGAAGAAAUGGAAUCUCUGCAGGACCGUGUAAAUGCAUUAGAAAUGAGCACUCGAGUGGCCUUGGACCAUCUGGAGUCUGUACCUGAGAAACUGAGCAUACUGGAAGAUUUCAAAGACUUUCGAGAUUCCCGGUGUUCAUCUGAAAGAGUUGAUGGGAGUUAUUCUAAAUACAGAGUUCACAGAGAUUCCCUUAAGCAGUGUCAAGAUGACAGCAAGUACAGAAUCAAAAGCUUGAAGGAUGACAAAACCUUCACUGAAGGUUCCCAAACUCGUGGGUUAGAUCACUCGUCCUCCUGGCAGGAUCACAGUCACUUCCUGUCUAGUCCACGAUUUUCACACUUGAACUCCUUGUCAGCAUUCACCAAAAGGACCAUUACUCCAGAUCCAGCUUCAAUCAAGGAAGAUGCCACAAGUUUACCAAUGAAUGGAGCAAGUUCACAAUCCAAGAAGGUGGAAAAUGAGAACAAAAAACCAAAAUGUAAUUAGUUGCUUUACCUGAGUGUUUUACAAAUCACAGCCUAUCUACCCUUGCUGCCAUCUGGCCCGGGUUAUCUAACAGGCAUACCUAUGGCUUUGGCUCUUAGGUGUUGCUGAACAUUGACUACAGUGACAAUACAGUUAGUCGUUGUGAAUGACACAAAUUUAACCAAUCCAGAUAAUAUCAAUUCAUGAACAAUAUGCAGCUAAUUUAUUGGCAACUUGUACCAGCAAGAAAGUGAUAUUUUUUCACUUUGCAUUUUGUUUUUGCAAGUGUGGUCAGUAACGAUUUCCUCACCAAAAUUUGGUUUUAUAAUUGAUGCCUUUCAAACAUUACUGACUAAAAAGGUGGAAAAUGAAUUUUCCUCUAGGCAAAAGUUGCCAGCACUUUAGAUUCAGGGAGCAUUUAUAUACAAUUAAUUUUUUUAAAAGAUGCUUUCUCCCUAAUAAAUUAUCAUGUGUUAUAACAUGUCAUGGAGAUAUGCAUAUAUAUUAGGCAGUCCACUUUAUAAAUGCUUGGAAUUGUUAUAUCCAUCAUCUCAGCAAUCUAUUCCUACAUCUAAUACCUUAAGAUUAUUUCAAAUCAUCCAUUUUUAAUAGCACUAAAGAAUUUAUCAACGCUAUCUGAAUUGUAGAGCACUGUAAAGAAUUCAUAGCACAGUUUAUUUAUUCGUCUUUUUGUGGUCAAAUAUCUCACUGUGAUGACUCCAGUCAUCCAGGACUAUCUAUUAUUUAGAAGGACCAAAAAUCACGGCACCAAAUCCUUGUGUCUCUGAGAUUCACCCUGCAAGAGUUCUCCUGUGCUUUGGUACUAUCUACCUACUUUUCAUAUCCCGGCUUACUCAACAUCAGUGUUUGUAAGAAUUUUCCCCUUUACAUGCCAGUCUCCUGGUGGAGCAAUAUUUUCAUUGAAUGCUAAUAACAGUCAAUAUCUGGGAACAGAAUCGUACUGGGUCAUGGUCAAAAGAUUCUGCAUGGAGACAAGGAAAAUAAAGCAAUAAUGUGUAUGACAUUCUCUGUUAAAAUAUAACUGUGUAUUAGAUUUCA